CAUACUACCCAAGAUAUGUACCCCUUGCCCCUAACCGGAGUAUUUUCAUCAGGUGAGCGUGGAGGCGCAUCACAGGAGUUCAGUCAUCACAUCAUCACCUCUCCACGUCUCAUCCACUCCAGGACCAAGAGACACAUCACUACCACCGCUCACAAGGAUGGUCACAUUCAUGAUGUUACUCUAGGGAUCAACAUGGGAGAUGAAGAUGUAUUAGUAGAUUUACAGUUAAACAGAGAUUUAUUACCGAAAGAUUAUUUUGAAAAGUAUUAUCAUAAUGGCUCUCAAUAUGUUCACCGCCCAGAUCCAGAGAUGGCUGGUAUGUGUCAUUAUCAGGGAGUAAUUCGAGGUCGUCCAGGGUCAUGGGCAGCACUGUCCACCUGCCAUGGCAUCAGUGGUGUUGUGUUUGAUGGCCAAGACAUGCAUUAUGUAGAACGGGUACCAGAAACACCGGUGGCCAUCGACAGUCCACAUUAUAUCUUCAAGCACUCCAAUAUCAUCCCGCAAAACUUUUCAUGCGGCUACUCAGGGAAACCUCACCCCGUUCGGGAUCUAUUUCAUGAUGAAAACUUCACCAGAUUGCUCAGAUAUAAGCGCAGCAGCAGCAGCAGCAGCAGCAGUGAAAGCAGCAGUAGUAGUAGUAGUAACAGCAACAAUAUACGGGGUCCAUUCAAUGCAAACGCAUUAUCAAGAUAUGUGGAAUUAGUUUUGGUUGCUGAUAAAACAGAAUACGAAAAACAUGGCCAUGAAGUGGCAAAACUUUAUCAUCGGUGCAAAGACAUUGCUAACAUAGUGAAUGCCUUGUACCACCCUCUCAACAUUUUUAUUGCACUUGUUGGUGUGGAAGUGUGGAAAGAUGAAGACCAAGUGGAAAUAUCAACAGAUGGAGACAAGACAUUGACAAACUUUCUUAAUUAUAGAAAAGUGAGACUUAUCAGAGAUCAUCCAAAUGACAAUGCUCAGUUGCUCACAGGAAAGCAGUUUGAUGCUGGUGUAGUUGGCAAGGCCUUAAAAGGUCCAAUAUGUACCUAUCAGUAUUCUGGAGGUGUGAACAUGGAUCACAGUGAUACAGUGGGUUUGGUAGCCACUACAGUUGCUCAUGAAAUGGGACAUAAUUUUGGCAUGGAACAUGACAGUGAAGUGGAAUGUGAAUGUCCUGAUAAAAGAUGCAUCAUGGCUCCAUCUUCUGGCUCUAAGAGUCCAACCCAUUGGAGCUCUUGCAGUUAUGAGUAUCUUGCCCUAUCUUUUGAGCGUUCUAUGGAUUAUUGCCUGCGGAAUAAACCCACAAAUCUUUUUGACUCGCCUGUGUGUGGUAAUGGGUUUGUAGAACCUGGGGAGCAGUGUGACUGUGGCCUACCAGAUUACUGCACCAAUACCUGCUGUAAUGCUUCAACGUGUAUGCUCUACCCAAAUGCCACUUGUGCUACAGGACACUGCUGUGAUUUAGAGACUUGCCGACCCAAGGCAGCUGGUGUACAAUGCCGUCCAUUUGUCCAUGAAUGUGAUCUCCCAGAAUACUGUACUGGAGAUUCUGAAUACUGCCCAGAAGAUGUAUUUAAGGCUGAUGGUCAUGAGUGUUUAGCAGGACAGGUCAGUUAAAAUAUUUCAUACUUAAGUAUUUGUCUUAA